AACGGAAAAAGGAACUUCGUCGCCGGCAGAAGUACAGGGACGGAGCGGGCCGGCGAGGACUGAGGUUCCUGCAGUUUUGAGCAGACUCCUCCUCCUGAAUCCGUGCAGAGUCAACAGAGAGUUCUUUAUGGUGUGGGGUUUCAUGAAUGAAGAGCGCUUGCUGCUUUGGCACCGGAGCUGUCUCAGCUGCGAGAAGAACAAAACAGCUUUGCCGCAAGAAGAGGAGAGCAGUGGCAGGAUCAAAAAGCCAUGUGUUCAGAAGCUGGAGGAGCCCCGUCAGAAUGUGGCGCCACAGAACUCUGUGUGUUGUUUUGACUUCCCCACUCUCCUCAAAGUGUCCUGCUCCAGGGCUACAUCGGGGUCUGUGCCGAGGGAGAAGCUUGUAACCCCGGAGGGGCCAUGGGCUUGAGCUAUGCCUGCCUUCACGUCUCCUCCAAGCUCAAGCUGCUGAUGCUCUUCACUGCAUGCAUUUUAGUGGUGGGCUGGGCCACCUCCUGCUACCUGGUUGAUGCUGUGCAUGAAACACCACGAGCAAAAAGUGCAGAGGCAAGCUCCAGGAAACCAACCUCUAGUGCCGAAGAACAAAAGGAAGACCUGGAUGGGCAAACCAGGCCUACUGUGAAGCUGCCAACUGUGAAGCUGCCCACCGCGAAGUCCCUUUGCCCUGCUCUGUCCCCCUACCUACGGGGGCCCAGCAAGCUCACCUUUAGGGGCUCUCUCACCCUGGAAGAGGUGCAGAAGGAGAAUCCUCGGGUGGCAAAGGGACGGCAUCGCCCAGAGGACUGCUUAGCCCAGCAGCGAGUGGCCAUCUUGAUUCCACACCGUAAUCGAGAGAGGCACCUGCUUUUCCUGCUGGAGCACCUUCACCCGUUCCUGCAACGGCAGCAGCUGGACUAUGGCAUCUUUGUGAUUCACCAGGCUGGCGAUGCCAAGUUUAACAGAGCGAAGCUGCUGAACGUCGGCUACUUGGAAGCCCUGAAGGAGGAGAACUGGGAUUGCUUCAUAUUCCACGACGUGGAUCUGGUGCCAGAGAACGACUAUAACAUUUACAUGUGCGGCAGUCAGCCAAAGCACCUGGUAGUGGGCAGGAACAGCACAGGGUACAGGUUGCGUUACCAAGGAUACUUUGGAGGUGUAACUGCUCUAACAAGGGAGCAGUUUUCCAAAGUGAAUGGCUUCUCUAACAACUACUGGGGCUGGGGAGGAGAAGAUGAUGACCUCCGGCUCAGGGUUGAAAUGCAGAAGUGGAAAGUGAUCCGACCAUCCCCUAAUGUAGCCAAGUACACCAUGAUCUUCCACACAAGAGACAGAGGCAAUGAGGCAAACGGACACAGGAUGACUCUCUUGCGUCAGGUAUCUCGAGUAUGGAAAACAGAUGGUCUAAAUUCCUGUUCUUAUAAGCUGCUCUCAGUGGAAUACAAUCCUUUGUAUACCAACAUAACUGUGGAUUUUGGCAUGCCAGUCAAGACCUCAUAACGGACUCUCACAACAGUGAAUGUAGUGGGAAUGGAAAAGAAUUUCCAAGUCAACAGAACUGCAGCAUUUUUAAAGGUUGCUUCAUCAAGAGUUUUCCCAGCAGGAACUAUGCUACAGAGGUACAAUAGUGUCCUCAGCCUGAGUAGUUUCGCAGUAAAUUGUCUUGGACUUCGGGGCGACACCAGUGAUCAAGUUUGACUUGGGAGAACGUCUACAUGGAGCUGUCUUUUUCCCUCCAGGACAAAAUGUUGCCCUUUCCCCUGGAAGGGAAUAUUGGUUAGCUGAUAUUGAAUUUCUACCUUUUUUAAAAGUAGGAACUGGAAUAUAGUGACAACACAGUGCCAUCUUUCAAUGAUGCAAAGACAAAUGGCUUUUUCACCCACAGCACAACCCUUUUUCUAAAACAGGUAAACCAUGCAGCAAGCCAGCUGAACAAGAACUCAUCAUCAUUGUCUGAGUGGAUGGUACAUGACACUGUCUAAUAACAGCCAGUGUAAGAAUGUGGGAGAUUUUAACGCUCACAAAUAAAAUAUAGUAUCUCUACAGUUAUUUU